CGAGCCAGUGAGCCACGCCUAUAAAAUGGAUGCAUUAAAAAUCCUGAGAGAAGAACAAAAAAGAAAAAGAGAAGAAUUGGCUGAAAAGAACGUCACUAAAGGAAAGAAAUAUUUCAGAAGAGGAGAAUUAGAAAGAAUAUCAAUAAAGCCUGAUGAAGAAGAGAAGACUGGUCCAGUUCAUGGUGCUAGCCCAACGACACCCACAGGAAGUGGAUCGUUAUUCUCACCAACAGCAAUUGAUGGAGGGGCAACCAUUUUUAAUUUACCCCGUCACGAAGUAAUUCGAAGGCUGAGAGAGAGAAACGAACCAAUCAGAUUGUUUGGUGAGACUGAUAACGAGGCAUCUUUAAGAUUAAGGCAAAUUGAGAUAUUAGCACCAGAAAAUGUUAAAGGCCUUCGUAAUGAUUUUAAGGAUGCACUGGACAGGUUAGAUCAGGAAGAACUGGAUUUACUAGCUAAACAGGGCGAGGUUGACCUUAAAAUUAGAGGCAAAACAAGAACAUUUGAAGAUAUUGCUGAGAUGGCUAAGUCUUUGGGUAAAGAAGAGACUGACAAAGAUAACGAAAUAGUAUUAGAAGUAUUAACAUUUUUAUUAGAUGACUGGGGAAGAGAACUUAAUGUCAGGGAUAUUAAUGGGAAACUUAGCACUCAAGGUAAACUAGUCAGUGCCACUCACAGGCAGACUGAGGCCUAUCUUGAACCACUCUUUAAAAGUCUAAGAAAGAAAAAUAUCUCCAUUGACAUUUUAAAACAUUUAUCAAAUAUUUGUUUAUUUGUAACUCAAAGAGAAUAUGUAAAAGCAAAUUCCGUGUACCUAGACAUGUCAAUCGGCAAUGCCCCUUGGCCUAUUGGUGUUACAAUGGUUGGGAUACAUGCUAGAACUGGGAGAGAAAAGAUUUUCUCGCAGUCAAUAGCACAUGUACUUAACGAUGAAACACAGAGAAAAUACAUACAAGCUGUAAAGAGAUUAAUGACAUUUUGUCAAAACAAGUACCCCACAGAUCCUUCUAAAAGUGUUGAAUAUGGCAGCAAACCAAUGACUCAAUAAAUGCACAUACACACACCGCAAUACUGUACAUCUUUGUAACACAUUGAAUGUUAUAAGCCUAAUACCGUA